GAUGUCUGUAGACUAGCAGCAUUUUAAAAGAGAAGAAAAAAAAACUGAUGAAAGAAAAAAAAUAUAAAGUGUAGUAAAAAUUUAUCUGACAUAAAAGGAUUACAAAGUUUAAUGAAACAUUAAUUAAUAAAUUUUUGUUGAACAGAAUUUCAUGAUUAAAUGAUAGAAAUUUGCUGCUAAUGACUGAUGAAAAGAAACUAUUGGAUUAUAAGUGAUUAAAAUAUUCUCAUGUGAUUAAAAUUUUCAUUUGGUGAUGCUUAAAGGAAAAUAUUUUAAAGAGAAUUAUAGUAAAAAGCGGUGCCGAAAAAAUUAUUCAUGCAAAACAGAGCUGAUUUAAUUAUGAAAAAGUUUUGAGUUGUGGAAAAUUUAUUCUACGAAAAGGAAAUUAUUCUGGAUUUAUUAAGCAACAAGAAAAAGGCUAAAUUGAAGAUAAAACAUCCAUUUGCAAAAAAAAAAUACAAACCAAAAUUUAUGUACACAUGAGGAUAUCAAGUAACCGAAAGCAAGGCAAAAAAUCGGUGAAAAACCCCAAAAGGGAGAUAAAUUCAUAUUAAAUCCAAAGACGAGAAACAUAAUCAGUGAAAAUUCAGUAUCAUACUCGUCUAAUGUAACAAGACGAUAGCAAGUUGAAAAACAGUGAAAUGAUAAAUCGUUCGACAUAAAAAAAUAAUUUUUCGACAAUUUCUUCCUUGAGUUUUUCUGUUCUUUUUGCCUCAUGUUAUAAAAGCAAAUAACAAUAUAGAACUUAAGACCAGAAUAUUAUUUUUCGUCAACGAACAUUAUUCUCAACCCCCAUCAUUCACUACAUGUGGAACGUUUCUUUUUUAUGUUCUCAAGACUUUUGUUUCAUUUCAAGUUGAUUCUUUGUGACGACGAAUUGAAAAGAAAAUAAAAAGUGACGAUUUAAAAGAAAAACUUUAAAUAAACAACGAAAAUAAUAAGAACAAGAAGUAACAUGAAUUAAGUAUGAACUUCCGAUAGAAACAUUUAUGUAUAGAAACUCUGACAACUAGUGAAGUAGCCGUGAAUAAUGAGACAUAAUUGAAUUAAAAAUUAACUAAACAAGUAACAACAAAAAAAUAAUAAAAUUUCGUGUGGAUGGAAUUCCAACAAAAUGCAUUUGCAAAGAGUACGUGAUAACACUCUACUAGAGUCUUUAUUGAUUAGCACCUUAUUUCUUGUGCUGGUCAACACUCAACAACAACAGACACUGCAAAAUGUUAUUGAACAUUUGCAACCUUUCAGUUAUGAGGCACCAGACGAUUGUAAAUUCUCCCUAAUAAAAAAUCAAGAUAUAUCAUUAGCGUGCAACUUGCGUACGGUGAAUAGUGAAUUUGACACGACAAACUUCUCAGUGAUACCCGUCGAGCACACAACGUCGCUGACAAUAUUGUGUAAUAAUGAAUUGAAAACGAAAAGUAAACUCAAGCCCAAGGGCUUCAGCCAUUUAGUUCAAUUAAACGAAUUGUUCCUAGAAUACUGCAAGUUUGGAAAGCUGCAGGCAGAUUUUUUCUCUGGUCUUGGAGGCAUAAGAAAUUUAAGUGUCCGGACAUUUAAUAUUAAUUGGCCAUCACUGAAUCUCGAAAUUGAUGGCAACACUUUUGAGUAUAUGAAAAAUCUAGUAAGACUUGAUUUAAGUACGAAUAACAUUUGGUCAAUACCAGAGAAUAUUUUUUGCUCGCUUUCAAAUCUCAAAUAUUUAAACAUCAGCAGUAAUCGAUUGCAAGACAUCAAUGAGCUAGGUUUUCGAGAACGCGCUAAUGGAGAAGGUGAAGAACCGGCUUUGUUGGCAGCACUGUUGGCUAGCAAUAACAAAAAAUCUAUUCAACCCACAUUGGGUACAAUAACAUCGACUUCGUCAUCAUCUGAUGCAAAUAGAAAAAUGUUUUCUUCUUGUGCUGUUGAUUUGGAGACAUUGGACAUUUCCCAUAAUCAUUUUGUGCUUUUGCCAGCAAACGGUUUUGGCAUAUUGAAGAGAUUAAAGCUUUUGAAAAUCAAUGAUAAUGAGAUUUCAAUGUUAGCUGAUAAGGCUCUGAAUGGUCUGAGAACACUUCAAAUUGUCGAUCUGAGUUCGAAUAAAAUUGUUGCAUUACCGUCGGAGCUGUUCAAAGAUCCAUCACAAUCGCUACAAGAGAUCCAUUUGCAAAACAAUUCGAUUAGUGUCUUAUCGCCCGGAUUAUUUUCCAAUUUGGUUCAAUUGCAAGCCUUAGAUUUGUCAAUUAAUCAAUUGACAUCGUCGUGGAUUAACAAAAGCACAUUCAAAGGCUUAAUACGUCUGGUGCUGUUAGAUUUAUCGAGCAACAAAAUCACCAAGUUGGAAUCGGAAAUGUUUUCCGAUCUUUACACACUUCAAAUUCUGAAUCUGCGACAUAAUCUUCUCGAGACCAUCGAUGCUGAUACAUUCACGUCAAUGAGUAAUUUGCAUAAGUUGUUGCUGUCGCACAACAAAAUUAAAUAUCUCGAUGCUUAUUCAUUAAAUGGUUUAACUGUGCUGUCACUACUGUCAAUUGACAACAAUGCUUUGAACGGAAUAAGUCCGGAGGCAUUUAGAAAUUGUAGUUCACUUCAAAUAUUAAACCUCAAUGGCAACGAACUAACUAAAAUUCCGCAAGCAUUGAAAGAUAUGCGUUUGUUGAGAACGUUGGAUUUGGGCGAGAAUUUAAUAACAUCGCUCGACGAGCCUGGUUUUAGUGGCUUGAACAAAGUUUAUGGUCUACGCUUGAUUGGAAACCAAAUUGAAAAUAUAUCGCGCACAGCAUUUCGCGAAUUGCCUGAACUUGAAAUUUUAAAUUUGGCGAAAAAUCAAAUUACAUACAUCGAGCGUGGAACAUUUGAAGCUUCACCAAGCAUAGAAGCGAUUCGUUUAGAUGGAAAUUUUCUCACGAAUAUUGAUGGUUUGUUUUACAACAUGCCGGGAUUGGUUUGGUUGAAUGUUUCAGACAAUAAUUUAAUGCAAUUCGACUUUUCGCACAUUCCUUAUGGUCUUAAAUGGCUUGAUGUUCAUAAGAAUAAUCUAAGCGAGUUAACAAAUGCUUACGGCCUUGACGAUCAACUCCAUUUGCAGACACUUGAUGUGAGUUUUAAUCGAUUAGAGAAAAUAACAGCAUCCAGUAUUCCAAAUACCAUCGAGUUAUUAUUUUUGAAUGAUAACUUAAUCCAAGAAGUUGAACCACAUGCGUUUCUUCACAAAAGCAACUUAACUCGUGUUGAUUUAUAUGCCAAUCGUAUCACCGGUUUGGACAUGAAAGCUUUACGUCUCAUGCCGUUUCCAGCUGAAAAAAUGCUUCCAGAAUUUUAUAUUGGUGGCAAUCCUUUUGUAUGCGAUUGCAACAUUGAAUGGCUGAAAGCGAUUAACGAUCAAAAUUCACGUCAAUAUCCUCGUAUAAUGGACAUCGAUACGAUUUAUUGUAAGCUCCUUUACAAUCGUGAUAAAUCAUUUAUUUCGCUGUUGGAAGCACAGCCGCAUCAUUUUUUGUGUGGCUAUAACUUACACUGCUUCACUUUAUGUGAUUGCUGCGGUCGAGAUUCAUGUGAUUGCGAAAUGAAGUGUCCAUCGAAUUGUACAUGCUUCCAUGAUCAAACAUGGAAGACAAAUAUUGUCGAGUGUGCUGGCAGUAAAUAUCGAGAUGUACCCAAGAAAUUGCCGACAGACAUUACGGAACUUUAUCUCGACGGAACCAAUCUAGUAGACCUAAAUUCUAACAGUUUCUCUGGAAAAAGAAAUCUGAUAAUAUUCUAUGGAAACAAUUCUAACAUCCACACAAUUCAUAAUGGCACUUUCACUCAUCUCCAGAAACUGUUGAUUUUGCACUUAGCCAACAAUAAAUUACAACGCUUCAAUGGACACGAGUUUAAUUCAUUGGAUAAUCUUCGGGAAUUAUAUUUACAGCACAAUAAAUUGACCUUUAUCGACACGCGAACAUUCCAAGAAUUGAAGAAAUUGCAAGUGAUUCGAUUAGAUGACAACAAGUUGAUUAACUUUGAAAUAUGGCAGCUAACAUAUAAUCCAUACUUAGUAGAGAUUGCCCUUGCUGAUAACCUUUGGUCUUGUGAUUGUAACUUUCUCCACAAAAUUCAAAUCUAUCUCCAGUCUAACACUGAGAAGAUUAUCGAUCUGAAUCGAAUGGCUUGUGUCUACAAUAAUUUCACCAACGUCUUAAAAGAGAAGAAUGGAACGAUUUGUACGUUGAAGGAUGGUAUGUCAUCAAUUGUUUAUGCGAAACAAAUCGAGGAUUUAUUACCCUUUCUGCUUGUUGCCACUUGUGCUUUUGUUGGCUUUUUCGCAUUGAUUUUGGGCAUUUUCUGCUAUCGACACGAGCUCAAGUUCUUCAUUCAGCAAAAUUGUGUACCAUUGUUUGCUUGCUGCGGCUAUAAAUCGUCCGAAUUUCUGAAUGAUUAUAAUGACAAGGAUCGGUUAUACGAUGCUUACGUCAUUUAUUCUCUGCAGGAUGAUAAUUUUGUGACACAAGGCUUAGCAAACGUGCUCGAAAAUGACAUAGGACACCGUUUGUGCUUGCAUUAUCGUGACUUUAAUUUGAACGUUAAUGACUUCAUUGCUGAUACAAUUUGUGAGGCCAUCGACAAUUCGAAACGUGCGGUGUUGGUUCUUUCGAAAAAUUUCCUCUACAAUGAAUGGGGAAGAUUCGAGUUCAAAGGCGCUGUUCAUGAAGUCCUAAAGAGGAGAAGGAAAUUGAUUAUCAUUCUCUAUGGCGACAUUCCACAAAAAGAUUUGGAUGCUGAUAUUCGUUUGUACUUGAAAACCAACUUAUGUAUCGAGUGGGAUGAUAAAAAAUUUUGGCAGAAGCUUCGUUUGGCACUUCCAUCAUUGAAUGGUAAACAUUCGAACAAACAUUGCCUAACAAAUCGUUCGACGAUAAACAUUUAUGCCACCACCCAACACCCACAUCAUACUCCAGCAUCACAAUAUCCAUUGCGGUCUCAUGAUUACAAUACGAUAACGCCAGUGAAUCGUGCAUCGACAUUGCGACGUGGUGUUGGUGCAAACAACAUUCUCAUGGGCGUUCCUAACAAUGGCGGUCCUGCUUCGAUCCGGUUAGACAAUUACGGUACAAGUGCUAUUAAUAAUUGUCAACCAAAAAUCUGUGAUAAUUACGAACAAAUAAAUAAUUGUAAAUUCAAUACCAUUCAGACGGCAAAUGAACAUCUCAUUGUCAAUAAUAUUAAUCGUCGUGUGCACGAGUAUGCUGUUCCCAUUAAUUGUACAGCAGGUGGUGGAGUCGUCAACAGUAACAACACUAAUUCUAGUGAUCCGAAGCGUAAUAUUAAUUGUAUGCUGGACAACAGUGACAACAAUUAUCAACCUGAUAACUUCGAAAGCAACAAAUACACAUCGUCAACUUCGUCAUUAUCAAAUGGUUCAAGUGAGUUUUGCACUCGAUCUUUAUCAUCUCCAUCCAAUAGUCGUGAGUUGGUCGAUGGAUAUGGAAAUAACAAUUUAAACUCAGACGAUGUCUUUUACAAUAAAAAUCACGAGCCGACAGAAAGAGUGUCGCGUGAUCGCAGAGACAACAGCAUUAAUAAUUUGAAUGGCUGUAAUAAUAACAUUAAUUGCAAAACAAUGCCUUCGAAUUAUUAUUGCGGAAAGGCAAACACAAAAGCUGUCAACAGUACGAUGCAUCAUCAUCAUGGGAAUACAAGUGCUAAAGCAUAUAAUACCCAAAAAGCUGACAAACUGAACAUCGUUGAUGAAAAUAAUUUGAAAAACACGUCAUCGACUGCCGCAAAUGAUAAGAAGAGAAGACUGCCACAAUCAGACAUGAUGUGGGCUUAACAUUUUCUUAAGAAAAUUCUAGUAUACAGGUUAGUUUAAAUCAGAAAGAUGUGAGAAAUUAUUCCCAAGAGUAAAUGUUUAACAAAAGACGAGAAGCAUGGAAAAUGUUAACUUAGACGACUCAAAUAUAUUUCUAGCAUUUAACAUUUUCAAUAUCAUUCAACUCCAAAAUUCUAGAUAAUAAUUUAUAAAAUACCAUGAGAUGUCUUUGGUAGCAUUUCCCAUGUAGUUUUAAGUAUAAUUCCAUUAUAUGUAGCUAUAUCAACUCAGUAUCAUCAGAUCUGAACCGAUUCCAAUACAUAAAUUUAUGUAUGUAAAAUAUUAUAAAACAGAAUUUAAGCGAUUAUUCUCGAUUCUCUAUUACUUUCUCUUUUAAUUCUUCAAAAAAGAAAAAGAAAAAAAACUCACAAUGACAAGAAACAGCAUAAAAGAUGAAAAUUUAAUUUAUGGUAAAAGCGCAUUUUCAUAAGAAAAAGAAGAAGAAAAUUUAUAGAAUGUAAUAAAAACAUUAUCAUUGUAGUCUGGAUAUUAUUUGAAAUCUACUGUUGUAAAAUGAAACACAUAUUAAAAUAGUCUUUAGCUCAUUUCUCAUUUGAAAAAAAGGUGAUUUAUGAAAACCCAAACAAAGCAUUAAAAUCUUGAUAUUCAUGGUGGAGAAAAAAAGGUUAAAAUUAAAUUUAAACGACACUUUUAUAAUGCUUACGACGACAACUAAUUGAAUUAAAUAUUUCUCUUUUUUUAUUGAAAUUUAUUAGUCAGUUUAUGCUAUCAAAGAAAUUUCUACCGAAAAAAGAGAAGGAAUAAUAAUGAACAGUUGUUGAAUGACAAAAAAACGAAUUUCGGGCCACCGUGCAUUUGACACAAAAAGCAUUCUUAGAUAGAUAUUUAACUUCAACAACAAAACAUAUAUUUACCACACCUAAGUUUCCGUGCAGCAUUAAACGUCCAAAGAAAAUCAAAAUCGGAAAUUUACGAUGUUAAAUACCUACUUUUAUUAAAAAAAAAAAAGUAGAAUCGACCUGUAAAUAGCUUUAAUGGACCCAUCAUGUAAGAAAUGUAGAACACUAAAACCGUAUUUUAUGUUAAGGGAUCUCAAGGGACAACGAAAUGAAAAUAAAAAGGCAAUUUUUGAACAUACUUGAAGGCUUAUUUUAUCUGUGUGUAUUUGGAUGAUUACAGAUAGUCGUUUCCUUACUAUUAUAUUUCACCAAACAACGACGAAAGAUGAAUUUGAUAUGCGACACACAGAAUUAAAAAGACAUUAAAGUCUUAGGAAAAUUAAAGAAAAAUCUGUUUUUGUUGUGUUCAUGUUCCGGAGGAAAAGCGACUUACUCGAGACGAUAAGAAACUUGAAGUUUUAUGACGUCGUUUUUCUUUCUCGUUUAUGCAUUUAAUUCGUCUCAUGCAGCGGCAAAGCAAGAGAGAAUGGGAAACGAAGAGACAAUAAAAAGAUUGCUGAAGGAACUGGAACACAUUAAGACUAAAAAAGAAUUUUUUUUUCAGCCAAGGUUUUGUUGUCUUGGCUCUCGGUCUGCAAGGAUCUUUUUCGAAACAAGAAACCCAUAAAAAAUGUCAGAAACUAUCUUACUCACAUGUUUUCCUAUGAAUCUACCAUACGAUAAUCAUUGUGCAGCAUCCAUGACUCUUAUGUCACCGUUUGAGAUCGUUAAAACAAUCUGAAAUGUGAUUCUCCUUGGAGAUAAAACAUUUUCUUCGAAUCGAAUGUGGGAAAAAUCAUCACAAAAUGGAAAUUUGAUUUCAUGACCAAAAUUAAUUAUAAAACUUUGUGAUUUAGAUCAUUGUUGAUCGCUAAGUUAAUUGACUUUUGGUGUUUUCUCUUCAAUCACGUCGCUCACUUGUUUCACCAACAAUACAAACCGUAAUUAGAUUGACGAAACAAUUUAACUUCAAUUUCAUUUUCCCAG